AUGUCCGCAGAUACUGUUGUUGGAAUGACAAAUAAAAGUUUUGAGUCUGAUGAUAUCAAGCCAACUUUCAAUGUGAGUUAUUUUAUACUAUAUCAAAACUCAGAAGGGGGAGGGGGGAGGGGAAAGAAAGUUCACCUUUAAUCUUAUCACAUUUUUUCAGGGCUUAAACUACAAACUUUUCCAAAGUGCAGUGCUGCCGGUUCUUGGAAAUUUGUCAGAAGAGUUGAGCACAAAACACCCAAAUAUUUUACAAGAGUUUAUUGAAUUAUUUCCGAGUUGGUACAAUAUUGAUUCGGAAAAACUUGUGAAAAAUGUUCGAAAAUUGAUAAAAUUGGAUCAAGUUAAUGAUUGGAACGGCAAAAAAAGAAGAAUGGCACCAGAAGAAAAGAAUCCUUUGAUCAAAAGAUGUUGCGAUAAAAGAGUAAAAGUGCAAGUAGCGGCGAUCGCGGUUGUCGAGGCGGCGGAAAUGAAAAAACUGCGCCAAUUAAAGAACUUUGUAGAGUGAGUAAAACUUUGAAUACAUAUGCUUUAUCUCACCUACUCAAUAUUUUUCAGGAAUACGGAUCGCGAUACACUCUGCAAAAUGACCUCGCGUCAAUUUUCAGAUCUACUCAUGCGAUUGUAA